AUGGCUGAUACCCCCACCCGCGAAGACCACGUCUACCUCGCCAAGCUCGCUGAGCAGGCCGAGCGUUACGAAGAGAUGGUCAAGAACAUGAAGGAUGUCGCCUCCGUUGGCAAGGAGUUGUCGGUCGAGGAGCGCAACCUCUUGUCCGUCGCCUACAAGAACGUCAUCGGUGCCCGCCGUGCCUCGUGGCGCAUUGUCUCCUCGAUCGAGCAGAAGGAGGAGUCCAAGGGAUCUGAGGCCCACGUCGCCAUGAUCAAGACCUACCGCACCAAGAUCGAGGAGGAGCUCGAAGGCAUCUGCAAUGAUAUCCUCAAGGUCCUCGCUGAUCACUUGAUCCCCAACGCCCAGUUGGGAGAGUCCAAGGUCUUCUACCACAAGAUGAAGGGUGACUACUACCGCUACUUGGCCGAGUUCGCCACCGGCGACAAGCGCAAGGAGGCCUCCGACAAGUCCCUCGAGGCCUACAAGAACGCCUCGGAUGUUGCCAUCACCGAGUUGCCCCCUACCCACCCCAUUCGCCUCGGAUUGGCCCUCAACUUCUCCGUCUUCUACUACGAGAUCUUGAACUCGCCCGACCGUGCUUGCCAUUUGGCCAAGCAGGCCUUCGACGAUGCCAUCGCUGAGUUGGAUACUCUCAGCGAGGAGAGCUACAAGGACUCCACAUUGAUCAUGCAGCUCCUCAGAGACAACUUGACCCUCUGGACCUCCGACAUGCAGGAUGCAGGCCCCAGAGGCGAGGCCGAGGCUGAGGCCCCCGCUGACGAAUAA